ACCAGAGGCAGCGAGGAGGCGCGGCAGGAGGAGCGGCGCUGCCUAAUGGCACAUAUGGGGAGUCGGAGCAGAUCGACUUCAUCGACAGCUGUGCGGGUGAGGAGGAGGAGGAGGAGGGGAGGAGUCGUGGGGGAGGAGACAGGACCAGCCUGAGCUCUCAGUUCAUGGCUUACAUCGAGAGACGCAUCACCAGAGAGGGUUCUCCUGUGAAAAGCGGCUCUUCGAGGAUGGAAGACCUGAGGAGACACAGCAGGGGUGUAGUCGAUAGCGCCGCGGCCGCAUCCGGCUCACACGGACAGAGAGGCGGCGUGGAGAGGAUGAGGAGGGAGGCGCAGCUCGCCGCCAUGAGGUACGACGAGGAGCGGCAGAAGAACCGCUCGCUGCAGAGGGACAACAUGAGCGGACACGCCAAGCAUAAAGCAGCUCCGAGUCCCACGAAGUCCAGUCCUGACACAGAGGGCGAGGACCGAGCUGCUCUCUCUCCUACAGCCAAUCAGUCGCCGUCUUACCCCAGCUCGGGGGGCGUGGCCUCCUGUCGAACUACCAAUCUGCGGCCAGAGAGCUUCCUGUUCCGGCUCGGGCAGAAGGAGGAGAAGAGGAAAGGUGACACCUCUGCUGCUCCGAGCCAGGAGGAGGCUCCCGCCGCUCCUCCUCUUGCUGCAGAGGACGUGGAGGUGGUGGAGCAGCUCAGGAAGAACAUCGAGGCUCGUCUCAAAGUGUCACUGCCGAGCGACCUCGGAGCAGCCCUGACGGACGGCGUGGUUCUCUGUCACCUGGCCAAUCACGUGAGGCCGCGGUCCGUCCCCAGCAUCCACGUCCCCUCCCCCGCCGUGCCCAAACUCACCAUGGCCAAGUGCCGCAGAAACGUGGAGAACUUCCUGGAGGCGUGUCGCCGCAUCGGAGUCCCACAGAGUCAGUUGUGCCUUCCUCUUCACAUCCUGGAGGAGCGAGGGCUACCCCAGGUGGCCGUGACCGUCGGCGCCCUGCUCAACCUGGCCCCGCCCCGACACUCCAGCACCGCAGCGACCCCCACGACGCCAUCAACCCCACCGGGGCCGUCUGUCACCAUCUAGCCAUAUUUGCACCCCAUUUGCACCAGCCAAUCAGAGCCUCUUAAAGCCUGCAUGAUGUCAUCAGAAAGUGUCCGAAGCUCCUGCAGCAGGGGGCUGGCACCGACACAAUCCCACAGUGACGGCUCUGAGCUCCUAUUGGUCAGUGCUGUAUGUAUGGAAGCCCAUUUCGGGGGGGGGGGACGCUACCCAAUGACCUCGGCUGAAAUGAAUUUUAAAGUAAAAGAUGAAUCGAAUAUUUAAGGUCGUGUCUGAAUGACAAAAAAAACAUUCACAGGUGAGACCUUCAGGCACCUGAUAGGUGCAGGUUCAAUUCCCCACGGCCACUUCCUGCCCGCUCUCUGCUGACUAAUAAAGGCUCAGCGCCCCCAAAAUACAAAGUAGAGAAAAACGUUCAGACGUUUGCAGCAAGUGUGUUUCCAUUUGUGGGCAGAAAUGGGCUUCCAUCCCACCUGUGCCGUCGCUCUGCAGGUGAGGGAGUGGCUGAUGGGCAGUGAUGGAGACGAGUCGAGCUGAACUGAUCUUUACUCUUGCUGCAAGGUUUGUUAGAAAUCAGCUUCUCACAGGUGGAGGUUUCACUCUGGACCUACUACACUCAUCACAGACGACAGAGCCGCGGACCAGACAGGAAGGAGCAAAUAAUCUGACCAGAUUUUAAUGCUGUACCUGGUGUAGGCGGAGCUAAUCUACUCCAUCUGCGUGUGCUGAUUAUUACAAGUGAUAAUAAUGAGGGCCUUCACCGUGAAACCACAUCUGCUUGUGUUUGAGCAGCGGUCCAA